GUCGGCGUGCGGACGGCAGGUGGCGUCGACGACAAACGACCACAGGAACUGCAGGACGCAGCUCGAAGCAAGAAGGGAUUGGCAUGAAAGCGCGUCAAGUGGCGCAUUCGCCGCGUGGAAGAAAACCGCCACCAGUUUCACCGAGUCUGACCUGGAGUUGGAGGAAUGAGCGAUUACAACGAAUCGUUUGACGAAUUCGUGGAGGACGAAGUUGAGAGCGAUGGCGCGGUGCAGCGGCGUCAGUCCAGGUCUCCACGGAGAACGACGAAGCCACCGGGGGUGGAGCCGCUUGAGGAGAGUUCGUACGAUGACGAGUCAUUUGAAGCUGCUAGUUUGAGUCCUGCCAAGGAACGCAUGGCCCACGCCGCGACAACUUCGCCGCCCUUGGCAAAGUUUCCAUGCGGGUUAGCCGUGGAAGUGCAUUGGCCGGAUGAAGGCGAAUGGUUCGCGGGGAAUGUGGUCGAGUACGAUCCAACUCGAGGGUACUUUGUCCGAUACGUGGAUGGCGACGAGCAAUGGGAGGACGACAAAUACAUGCGGUGGCCGCAAAAACCCAUCCUCGAGCCAUCCCCGGAUCCGACCCCACCGCCCCCAACACUUUCCGACGGUCCGACCUUACUCCCUCCGCCGGAGCUCAAAAGGAUUGUCAUCCCGCGAGCAUACACGCCCCAGGCACACCAUCCAUCGAACAUCAAGACCGCCCGGCCGUACACAUGCGUGGCGUCACAUCCGGUUGAGUCCAGCAUGUAUUUGACGCCACGACGGUUCAAACAAGCAAUGGAGGCCUGCAGUGAAUGCAGGGCGCGUUGCAACUGCGUCCAUGAGAGCGUACGAUGGGCCAGGUCCUCGUCGCCAUCGCCGUCGUCAGUGCAUGGCCAGCAUCCGUUGGACCAUCGCUUCCUACAGCCUGUCGCCGCUGAGAAGGAGACACAGACGUAUGCCUGCAGCGCGGCAUCGCAGCAUGCUUAAGCUUCGAGUCGAAGGGCUAUUUGCCGACCCGUGGUCCUUCUGCCCAUGAAUUUAAUAUAUCCAAAUUGAGCAAGAUUUCGAUAUAUAUAAAAAUACAAAAUUUCUC